UUUUUUAUUUUCUUAAUUCGAUAGCAAGUCAAAACAGGUCGCUUUUUUGAAAUGGAAGAUGUAGUAAUUUGAAUUUGCAAUACCCAACGAACGAUUCAGAGUACAGAGCUUCGAUUUCUGCACAUGCAGAGGACUGAGACGAUGGAAAAGGAAGGCGAAGGGGAAACAUAUUUCACGGUCAUCGAAACAGCGUCAGAUACUCUAGAUAGCUCUGUCAAAUUCCAUCUUGUAACUGAUAUCUUAGGUUUCGUCCUCUUUAUGCACCACCAAAUCCCUUCCUUACUACAGGAUCUCACUCUUGAAUUCGAUGAAUUGAAUACUGAAUUUGCGGAAUUGGAGACAGCUAUUGUACAAGCGGAAACAUGCUCUUUACGUAGAACGCAUGCUUCCAGGAAGAGGGAGGUGAGGAUGGGAAUAAGGAGAGUGGAUAAGUUAAUGAACACUAUAUCCAGUUUCAAGACUGCUCUUCAAUUAAUGAUCACAGAAUUUCCUGCUAUUCAAAGGGCUGUCCUGAUUCUUGGGCCUAGUCCUUUGCGGCCUAUACAUGUGUAUGAACUCAACUUUUCAUGUGAUACGGCAGCCUCAGGAGGACAUUUUACUAGGAAUCGAGUUGUGGAAGCACUUUCAAAGAAGGCUAUUCGGGUCUUAAUAUCAAAGGGUGCGGGAUCUAGCUCCUCUGCUGGUCCUACCAAAUUGUUCCUAUUGGUUCAAGCUCCUUCUUCAAUUAACUUGCGUCUGCAUUUUCUUCCAAAGAGGGAUUUUAGGUACAACAAAAAGGUAAUGCCUUUCAAAGUGUGGUUUAGUUGUCGAACCAAAAUUUUUGAAAAGGAAGCGUGUGCUGAUGAUGCUCACGCUGCUAAAGCAACCACAUCACAUAGUUCUGACGUCGAUGAUAUUAUCUGGUUUCAGUGUCGGCAUGUUAUCAAGGGCUUGGCUUCCAGGGCAUCCCCAACUGAAGAGUGAGAGGAUCUGAGGCACAGUCCCGGAGUUCUGCUAAGCAGUAGAUCAGUUUAUCAGACUUGGAAGUUGGUGAGCUUCCCUCGUUCCGGAGGACCUUAGUUUUAUGUUUUUAUCUUCACUUGUUUCUAGUUCAUGGUCCGACCUGGGGCAUUGUACCGGUCACAGACAGAUGUUUUCAUAUUGUUAGAGAUUUCGCAGACUGGUGUCCUAUGUUUUUGAAUGUUUCGAAUUUAAUUUCGUAUGGUAUAGUUGGACUAAGAGAUUGACCA